AAGCUAGAGGAACAAAACAAACAGAGCCCAGGAAAUUUAUAAUCCACCGGAGAAAUGGCGCUAUUCCUGGACGAGGAUGAGGUUUGGAAGUGUUCCAAACACCCUUCCAAGCGACGGAGGAGCGGAAUUUGCCCUCUCUGCCUCCGCGAGCGCCUCCUCGCUCUCUGCCCUGAAUGUGGUAACCUCCGCCCCUGCUCUUGCUGCGCCACCAGUUGUUCCUCUUCUUCAUCCUCUUCGUCUUCCUUCUCGCGUUUCUCCGUCCACGCCACCGGCGUCGGUGCAAUCGGCCGCGUACAUAGCCUAAUGGACAACGAGCCCGGCUUGCGUCGCUCUCGGUCCAUGGCGAUUCCGUUUCUCCGGUCUCGGUCCAGAUUCUCCGGCAGCGAUAGGGGUUUUGAUCCCGAUAGCACCGAUGAAUCUCCGGCUCUGAACAGAAGCAGGUCGACGAGGUCGUUCUGGUCAAUGUUCAAGCCUCACAAGAAGGACAGAAGCGAAGUGCCAGAGGAUCAGGGUCGUAGGAAGGUGUUAGCAGGGGAAUCGGUUGGGGAUGCGAAUAUGAGGACAGCGACGACGAUGAUGAUGAGGUCGAGGUCGGUGGCGGUCUCGGACUCUGGCGGUCGGGAGCGGAGGCCGUCGGCUAAGGGAAAGGGAUGGUUCUUUCCGAGUCCGAUAAAGGCCUUCCGGCAAUCGAAGGCAUCGAAAGUAAAUCAGGAAAGGUCUCCUUUGUAUAGAGGUUAAAAUUUUGAUUCUGUAGAUAGUGGCAAAAUAUAGAGCUUAUAUCGGAAACAAGAACUAAUCAUUUUUAUUGUAUUACACCACGUUAACAACCCAGCUAAAUUAAACCUUACCAUUCAUGAAAGUAAGCGAUCCAUAUUUGAAUUUUGGUCCCACUUUUCAUGCGGAACUAACUCCGCUUCAUUUCUUUCCUUCGAUUCAUCAUGUCAGAUUUUGAUUGUUUCCAUUCUUGUUUAUGGCGCUGUUUCUGGAUGAUUCUGGGUACUCACUCUUAUUGGUGGAUAUGUUGAUUUUUCUUUCCAUGAAGACGAAUUUCUUUUUUAA